AUGAGCAAUAGCAGUGGCAGUAGCAACACUUAUACAAGAUUAUCAAAUAAUAAUAAUAAUAAUGAGAUAAUGAAAGAAGAUGAUGAUGAAAGAGAUAAUAUAAUUAUUACAUCUCCUAUUGAUGAUGAUGAUGAUGAUGAGAUUGGAGGUUCACCAGAUACAAUAAUCAACCAAAAUCUAAUACAGUCUUCUUCAUCUCCAAUCAAUGACAAUAAUAAUAUUCUUUCAGAGAGCAAUAAUAGUGUAGUAAUCGAUAGUAAUAAUGAUAAUAAUGAUAAUGAUAAUAAUAAUAAUGAUAUAUCUAGAGCAAAACAAGUAAAGAGACAUAUUAUUGGAACUAUUUGUGUUUUAAUAGUUGUAUUCUUAUGGGUAUCAUCUUCAAUUGUCAUUCAAAUUAUAUUUACUGAUGGUGGCUUUGAGAAACCAUUCUUUUUAACUUAUUACUCUACUUCUAUAUUUUCAUUUUAUCUAUUUGGUUAUCUCUUUCAAUGGAAGAAAUGGUCAAACAUACCAUUUGAAGAUAAUGGUAGACACUCUGGAAAGAGUUUACAUUCUAUUACACAUAAUCUAUUACAUUGUAAUAAUAAUAAUAAUAAUACAAAGAGAAGAACUUCACUACCAACAUCAUCAUCAUCUGAUGAUACGACAACAACCAUUAGAAAUAAGAAAAGGGAUUUAGUAUUAAAUAUAAAUCAAAUGGAUGAAGAAGAAGAGCCAGGAGGAGCAAUGAUGGUUGAAGAAAUAAUACAAGAGGAAGAUCAAAUAGGAUUAUCAUCAAACAUUAAAAAGAAUCGAUACAAGCAUUCAAUGAAAUCGAUAUGUAAAAUUAGUCUAAUACUUUGUCCAAUUUGGUUUGUGGCAAAUUAUACAUUCAAUCUAUCACUGGGUAUGACAAGCGUGUCUACCAAUACAAUUCUAUCAACAUUGUCUGGUGUAUUUUCACUCUUUUUGAGUGUACUAUUAAAGGUUGAUAAAUUCUCUUUUGAAAAGUUGGCUGCAACUUUGAUUUCACUUGUUGGAAUAGUGAUGGUUAGUUAUAGUGACAUUGCAGAUAGUUCUCAAGGUGAUACAUUUAUUGGAGAUUUGUUGGCAAUUACAGGAGCAGCUUUUUAUGGGUUAUAUUGUACAUUGAUGAAAAAGAUGAUAAAGGAUGAGGAAGAGUUACCCAUACCUCUUAUGUUUGGAUUGUUGGGAUUUUUCAAUAUAAUCCUAAUGUGGCCAUUCUUUUUGGUAUUAAACUAUGCGCAAUGGGAAGUAUUUGAAUGGCCAAGUGGCAAAGUAUUCCUUUAUUUAUUUGCCAAUGGAUUGUUUGGAACGUUUAUAUCGGAUUUGAUUGAAUCCUAUUCAGUCGUUUUGACUAGUCCAGUCAUUAAUACUAUUGGUCUGUCACUAACCAUUCCAUUGGCAAUGUUAUCAGAUUUCGUAAGAGGCAAAGAAUUCUUUGGUUGGCUCUAUGUUGGUGGAUCAAUAUGUGUCAUAUUUGGUUUUCUACUGGCAAACCUUGCUAGUAAACUAUUCGAAGAUCGUUUAAAAAGAAUUGAACUUUCAAUCAUCAAUUUAUUCAAAAGACCUAAACUACAACAAUAA